CAAUGCUCCCCGGCACUGCAGCAUCCCCAGCAGCAGAUCCUUUGGGCCAUUCGCUCCUGGUCAUUUUUCUGCUGCAGCGAGAGGCAACCCCAGGCAGCCGGAGGGUUCUCCGAGGCGGCUGCUGCCCCCCGCAUCCCCGCAGGCUGGUUUCAAGCACCCAGGGUCAGCCCCAUCCCGGGUCCCGGAGGGCAGAAGGGGAGGCGAUGGCCUCACCUGCUCUCCGCUGCUGCCUUUCUUGCUGUGCUGGUGGAGAGGGAGGGCGCACGGCGGCCCCCGCCGCUGCUGGGGCCUGUGCGGGGGAUCUGUUGGAAAGUGGUUCUGGUUUAAUGGCCCCUUGGCACGGCCCGGAGACUCCGCUCUGUAUGUAAUACUUUCCUUCAUUACUUACAGUAAGUACUUCAGUAGUCUCUGAUAAUAUUGUAUUUGACAGAAAUCAUGGAAAUUAUGAUCAUGGCCAAAUGCUCCCUGCACGGGAACUUGCUAACCAAAGCAGAUCCGUUUUCCAGCUUGUGACCAGCGUCUCCCCCUUCCUCUGCGAAGUUUCUCCCGCUUCCUCUUCGGCGCGGAGCCGGGACGGGCCGCACGCACCGGCGGGAUCCCGGUGCCCAGUGCCCGGUGCCCGCCGCGUGUGCCCGCUGCGGGCGGCUCCCAGCAGGAGAGAAAAACCGCCGCCCGGCACGGCUUGCCGCGGAGAUCCGGAUUCGACCCUAAAAAGAGAGAAGAGGCAAAAAACCAAGGGGCUUGGAGCCGCGCAGCCCGGGGCAGGCAACCCGACGGCAAAACCCGGUGCAGCACCUCGGGCACUGCGCGGCCUCCCAGGAGCGGGUGCUCACCGGGACCGCCCCCCGGGAGCCACGGCGGGGACCCGGCGGACGUGGGGCCGCGGAGGACCAAGAAAGUAGAGCUAGAGUGGGCCGUACU